AAUCUUAUCGCAAAUAUGAAUUCAAAUCAAAUAUCUAACCUUUUUGUUCAAGUGAUAUCUGUUAGCGAUAGUAAAAAUUUACGUGCUAGAAGUAGAGCAUAUUUAAAUGUGGAAGCAUUACGUGAGCGCAAUAUUCGUAUUGGUGAUUAUAUUUUCAUAAAAAAACAAAAUGAGGAAUCCGCAGCUGAAAUGAUCACUAUAGGAAUUGCCUGGCCAUCAUUCACAAUUGGAAAAGAACAAAUUCAAUUAAACCCUCUACAAUGUGAAAAUGCUGGUCUUCAAAAUGGUGACCCUGCUUUUAUUUCUCGAGUUGACUGUGUGAUUAUAAACGCUUCAAAAGUUGUCUUAGAACCACUUGGGGUUAUAGACUUUCCAAUUGAUCAGACAUUGAAUAUAUUCUCAAAGGAAAUAUUGAUUAACACUAAAUAUUUAGUAAAAGGAAAUCGUAUAGAGUUUCAAUACCAUGGAAUUAUCAGGUCUUUUCAAGUUAUUAAUAUCAGCCCUAUAAAAGAAUUCACAAAAGAUGACAUAGGAAUGGUCAUCUAUUCAAUUACAAGGGAAACAACCAUUACUAUUUUAACAAAUGAAAACGCGGGGGUUGAUGAUUCGAAGAAGUUUCAUAAGAUCGGAUACGAUAGCAUUGGAGGAUUGCAUGAACAAAUUCAGAUAGUACGCGAGAUGGUUGAAAAUUCAUUACAUAAACCUGAAUUAUUUAUGCAAUAUGUGCUUUUGUACGGUCCUCCUGGGACUGGUAAAACAUUGAUUGCACGUGCUGUUGCUUCAGAAACCGUGUCACAUGUUAUAUGUGUGAACGGGCCAGAAAUAACAAGCAAAUUUUACGGAGAAACUGAAGCAAAGUUAAGAGAUAUAUUUAAUGAAGCGGCUGAAAAUGCACCAUCAAUUAUUUUUAUUGAUGAGAUUGAUGCAUUAUGCCCAAAACGUGAUGAGGUUGGCAACGAACUAGGAAAACGUAUUGUAGCAACUCUCCUGACGUUGAUGGAUGGUAUCGCUAAUAAGAAAAAUAAUGUUGAUUUGCAAGAUCGAAUAGUAGUCAUUGGUGCAACAAAUCGCCAAAAUGCUUUAGAUGAAGCGUUAAGAAGGCCUGGGAGGUUUGAUCGUGAAAUCGAAAUUGGAAUUCCAAAUGCUACAUCUCGAGUUUCCAUAUUACUGGCAUUAUUAAAAAAGGUGCCGCAUACUUUAUCACCUGAAGAUAUUAAUGAAUUAGCAACAAAAUUACAUGGAUAUGUUGGUGCUGACCUUGCGGCAGUUUGUCGAGAGGCAGGAUUGAAAGCAAUUAAACGGUGUGUUAAACAUUGCCAACAAAAAGAUGUCAAAAUCACCAUGCAAGAUAUGGAAGCCGCGAUAUGUGAAAUUCGUCCCAGUGCCAUGAGAGAGAUUCUCCUUGAAGUGCCUAAAGUUUAUUGGUCAGAUAUUGGUGGUCAACAGGAAAUUAUACAAAAAUUAAAAGAAUCAAUUGAAUGGCCUUUACAACACCCUGAAGCAUUUUCCAGGCUUGGUAUAAAGCCACCAAAAGGAAUUUUGUUAUACGGACCUCCAGGUUGCAGUAAAACUUUAAUGGCAAAAGCCUUGGCUACAGAAGCAGGUUUAAAUUUUAUUGCUGUAAAAGGUCCUGAGCUAUUUAGUAAAUGGGUUGGUGAAUCAGAGAAAGCUGUUCAUGAAGUAUUUCGUAAAGCUCGUGCUGCUUCGCCAUCGAUAAUUUUUUUUGAUGAAAUAGACGCUCUUACGGUCAAGCGUGGUACUAAUAGUGAUUGUGGAACUUCAGUUGCGGAUCGUGUUUUAUCGCAAUUACUAAACGAGCUUGAUGGUAUUGAGCCGUUGGUGAACGUAACAGUUGUAGCAGCAACAAAUCGUCCGGAUAUUAUUGAUAAUGCUCUGUUGAGACCUGGCCGUAUUGAUCACAUGUUAUAUGUGAGUCCACCAGAUUUAUCGUCUAGAAAAGAAAUCUUUCGAAUUCAACUGAGAAAAAUGUCGUGUGCCAUGGAUGUUGAUAUUGAAGAAUUAGCAGCUGAAGAAGCGGCUUUAUGUGCAAUGGAUGAUGAUCUUGAAGCAAAAGAGGUGCAGCGAAAACAUUUCAUGAGAGCUUUGUCAUCAUUUACACGUCGUAUCACACCAGAAAUGAUCCAAUUUUAUGAUAAGUUUCGUCAAAUGUCUGGUCUACGAAAUAUUUGA